CCGCUCAAGCAAAUGUCAAUUAUUAUUAUUAUUAUUAUUAUUAUUAUUAUUAUUAUUAUUAUUAUUAUUGAAUCUUCUGUGGCAGCAGCUGCGAGACGCACAUGGACGCACAAGGGAUUUAAGUAAGUGCAAAUUAACUAGAAAAUCAAGUCCAUGAUUGGACAUGGCCCCAAUAUUAUCAACGGGCUUUUCCGGUGUUUUCAGAUGUAGCGUGUUCAGUCAAAUCAUGAUACGUAACUUCUGAGCGAGUGAUAAUUACUGCUGUGUCGGCAGAUAGAGAAAAAGUGUGUUUGUCUUUUUGAUUACGUUUUAUAUUAAACUAUUAUUUAUAUUAUCAAGCCGGUUCUCGCCUCCUCCUUUCCAUUAAUCCCUUUACACUGGUGCCGAAACCCGGGAAGGAGGAGGGAUGCGCCAUCCACCCCAACGGAGCAGCCGCGGCCAUUCGACGGGGGACGGAGGAGCGGCCUGAGAGCGGAGGAACGGCCGCUGACCACGAGGGGAGGAGGGGCUCCUAACCGACCGCCUGGAGCGGUCAGGGACGCAGCCAGGGGCGGAGGAGACCCCAACCAGCCGCUGAAACGUGCCGGGGUCUGAGACGCCGACUGCGAGCGGGGAGAGGCUCCUGGCCGACCACCUGGAGUGGGAGGACCGCUGCCAGGGGGGGUAGAGACCCCUUCCAUCCACCAGAACGCGCCAGGGUGUUCCGUCCGCCAGGGGCCGGAGGACUGUCUUCAAUCCUCCCGGGGAGAAUUGCCUUGGCACACAGUAGCUGGUUCAUUUACACCAAACUCAAAUAACUUUAUUAGAACUUAUCCAGAGCUGGUGACACUUCUAGACUUUAACAAGGUCGUUUAGCAUACAGAGGUUAUAAUGAUGUGCCAGAUGUUGAUGAUUUUCCUCCUGACUGAAAUCAUUCCAGUCUCUUCAUAUAACUUCACAGUUUCAUGUGAAAGACCUCAAGAAAAGAAAACUUUGAUUGUGAGCGCUGGUGAAUCCUUGUAUUUACCCUGUUCAAAUCUUAACUGCUAUGAAGAAACUGAAAAUACUAUGUAUAUUUGGUACAAAAACCUCAGCAACACAUUGCAGUUUGAGCAAAUCGGAACGGAGGAGAGCGAGAAUGUGCAUUACCACGAGUCUGUGCUGUACAUCCUUAACUUAACUACGAACGACACAGGAAGUUACAUCACACGCUGGUGGUAUUCAAAUGACAGUUGUGAUGAAUAUGAAACUGACAUUGUGGUUUAUGAAGAAUUCAACAGAAAUAUGUUAUACAGUACAAUGAUAGAGGAAAAACUGGCUGGAGUUAACUGUCCAGUGUGUGAUAAACAGGAGGGUACCUUCACCUGGUAUAAGAAUUUCACUCUUAUUCCAAACCAAGAGUCAGGGCGGAUUUUACGCAUUCCUAACGCUUCAAAAGACAGCGCUGGAAUUUACACCUGUGUUUGUACCUGGGAGCAUCAUGGCAGAAUGUACAACACUUCUGGAUCUCGUCAACUGAUUAUCAAAGAUCAGACUCCCAACAAUCCUACAAUCAUUCUUCUUCCUGUCAAUUCCAUUAUGAUCGCUGAUCUGAAUACAGAAAUAGUCCUCUUGUGUUAUGUGCGCUUUGGGAUCAAUAACAGAGAUGACUGCAAAGUUAAGUGGGAAAGAAAUAGGACCCAGCUGGAUGGUGUGGAUGGAUAUAAGCAGGAGUUUAGAGAGGUAGAUGGGGUCUCUCAGUCAGUUUUGACCAUCAGUAAAGUUUCACAGGUGGAUCUUCAAUCUGAGUUUCGGUGCAAAGUCGAAGACACUAAUGAAGUGUUGUAUAAAACAGUAACUCUGAAGAGCCGAGUUGAAGCGUCAGUGCUUUUGGUGGUUUUGCCAUGCAUCUCGAUGUUUCUUCUUCUGCUGGUUAGUGAAGCGGUGAAGUGGUUUGCUGUGGAUCUGCUGCUGUUUUUGAGGGGAAUUUUCACCAAGCUGUACAGAAAAGAGGAUGGUAAAGUGUAUGAUGCGUAUGUGAUUUACCAGAGGAACAGCUUGGAUGAGAUGACAGCAAAAACUCUAAGUGACUUUGUCAGUGGAGCUCUUCCAACUGUACUGGAGAGAUAUUACGGCUUUAAACUGUACAUUCUCGGCAGAGAUGACCUACCAGGGGAAGACAGUAUAAAUCUGAUUGAAAUGAAGAUACAGCUCAGCCGAAGACUUAUCUUCAUAUUAACACCAGGAACAAGCAUUGAUCAAAGCAGCAUUUCUCCUGAAGCAUAUGAUCUGCAGGUGGGCCUUCAUCAUGCUCUCGUACAAGGAGAUACGGGUGUCAUUUUGAUCCAGCUGGGAGAAACACAGGACUACACACUUCUGCCUCUUGGUUUACAACAUCUUCUUCAUAAGAAUUCUCCCUUAAUGUGGAGAGAAGAGCGAUUGUCGCCAAACUCUAGAUUUUGGAAACAGGUGCGGUAUAGGAUGCCCGUUCCAUCAUCGUGUCAGACAAACAGAAAAAUAAACAAGACGGUGCCCAGCAUCGUUUGAAAAUCAGGCUUACCAAUCGACCCUUUUAAAUCAUGAUAAAACGCUGUUGCACUUAUAGUUUAAAGCACAAGUUACAAUAAGAGCUUGCAUGCUGUAUUUUUCCCAGUAUUGAAAUCGUUAAAUAAAUCUUGGGACGUACAUGCUGUUGAAUGGGUUAAACGAUGUGUCAGCCUUUAUUCCCAAAUUAACAUGUAUUACAUCAGUAGGGUUACAAACUUAAGAGGAAACUAUUUCUUUAUUGCCACCAUGCCAUGUGAGAUUGAAGUAAACAAGCUUUAUGUGCAUUCCUGAAAGACGUCUCAGCAUGACUGGUUAAAUGCCAAAAUCUGAGAUGCAUUCAUUUUGAUUUUCGGCGUACUGAUAUCCCAAUGUCUCACACAUCAAAUUAUAACAGGAGAAUGUGACUGUAUAUACAUAUUUCAAGAUAAACAGACGAAUCUAAUUUUCUACUAUCUUUGAAUGAUUUUAUUAGUAUUCUAUGUGUAUUUAUGCAUUUCUAUUAUUAUCUUUUCCUCUUCUUGUGUAUUUUUAAAUUCUAUUUUUAUUUUAUACUUUGUUAACACUGUUUUAAAUGGAGAUAUAAAUAAAGCUUUACUU